ACAAAACCUUGACUGUCUGUUCCCUGAGGUAAGAGGGGAGUAGCUGUAGGGUAGUAGAGACCUGACUAGGGAUCCAAAUUGAACGGCCCCUGAUGUUUUUUCGAAGUGGCUCCGUUUUCUGUUUCUCUUUCUUUCACCUGUAACACAGAAUUCCGUUCCUCUUUCACCUGAGAAUGCAAGUCUUGGUUUGAAAUACCAACAGGAAAUUAGAGUCAGGUUUGGAUUUAGUGCUUUUGGAUUUCCUCUUCUUUGAUUUCCCAUGCUUCCUUUUGCUUCUUUCUUUGGAGUGCUAGGCUAGGAUUGAUUCAUGUGCCUAUUUCUUUGUUUUUCACAAUGUACUGGAUUCACUCUCAAAUCUGUUAUAGUACUGUAAUUCCCCCAUUUUGUUGUUCUUCUGCAUCAUUUGCUUAUUAAUCUGGUAAUAGAAUGAACCCUGCAGUUAUUUUCAUCCUAGUAAUUUUAGCAAUUGUGGUUUUCAUCUCUGCUCUCCUUCAAUUGCUAGUUAGAUUUCUCAUGAAGCAGCAAAACAGGCCCUCUGGUUCAUCAAUUUUCCAAUCCAAUAGAAACCCUACUGAAAUGUCUGAAUCUGAUCCUUACCAGAGACAGUUACAGCAGCUCUUCAAUCUCCCUGAUUUAGGGUUAGAUCAGGCUUUCAUUGAUUCCCUCCCAAUUUUCCUCUACGAAGAGAUUAUAGGUUUGAAAGAGGCAUUUGAUUUUGACUGUGCAGUUUGCCUUUCCCAAUUCUCAGAACAAGACAUGCUCAGAUUGCUGCCAAUUUGUAACCAUGCUUUUCACAUUCACUGCAUAGACACUUGGCUUCUCACCAAUUCAACUUGUCCUCUUUGUAGAGGGAGUCUUUAUGAAUCAGCCUUUGAAUUUGAAUUUGCAAUUGAAAAUCCAGUUUAUGUUUUGGAGGAACGUGUGAGGGAAGAAGAGUGUGGGGGGGUUUCAGGAAGUGGUGGUGGUUCUUGUUGUGAUGCUGCUGCUGCUUCUGUUAGCAAACACGCAGAGAAAGAAAAUCACAUAAUGAAUGGGAAAAGGGUGUUUUCUGUCAGGCUUGGAAAAUUUAGAAGCUCAAAUAAUGGACCAGGGGUGGAAAGAAGUGAAGGAGAGUGCAGCAGUACUACUACUACUAGUGUUCUUGAUGUUAGGAGAUGCUAUUCAAUGGGGUCUUUUCAGUAUGUGGUUGCUGAUUCAGAUUUGCAAGUGGCAUUAUGCACCAAUAGAGGUGAUAGAGGUGGUGGUAGUAUGAGACAAUUGAAAGGGAGAUUAGCCCAAUAUGGGAAUUCACCCAUUGUUGAGGAUGUAGUUGAGGAGAAAAAAAUCAACAUUGCUGGGACAGGGGAAAGCUAUUCUGUUUCCAAGAUCUGGCUGUGGUCCAGGAAGGAUAAGGUCUCAAAUUCACUAGAACCUCAUUUGGAUAAUUCUUAUGUCACUGCAACUUUGCCAUGGAAGAAUGGAGCUCAAGGUACAUGAAGAAACUCAGGGUUUCGUAUUUUGGACUACCUUCAUAUUUUAAACGAGUCCCCUCUCAGAACUGCUUUUUUUCAUACUUUGUCUUUGAUUUUACUCUUAUUUAUAAUACUUGUAAAUUGAUGUUCAAUCAAGUAAUGCUUUGAAUGACAAUAGUUUUUGACUGUGCAUAAGGAAAGAA